GAUCCAGCGCUGCACUGUGUCUUUAAGCUCCAGUGAAAUGUAGCGAGGAGAGUUGCAUCCUACAGGAUCAUUGUGUUUGUGCACUCAUUACGGCGGAGGGACCUGCGCUGUGUGUUAAUAUAAAGAAGGGGAUACGGUGUAUUUGUUGUUGUUUGUUUGUUUUUUUUAAACCACAGGAUGGUUAUUUUCGCUCUCGAAACGCAUGGAGUAGAGUAAAAGGCUUGAAAACCGCCCAAACAUGAGAUGCCUCUGGGAUGCCUUUACCUUAUAUUUUAUACUGCUGCCAACAGGGUGGUGCGAGCCAGUCAUCUCCCCCAGCGGGCCUCAUGUAGUAGUUCCCAAGAAGGGGAGGCUGGAGCUGCGUUGCCAUGACAACGCCACGACGUCUGGCAUCCCGUCGAGCAUCCCGUCGAGCCUGAGGUGGCAGCGAGAUAGGGCUCGCAGGCUGGAGGGGGAGGCGGAGGAGGGCGGGGUUGCUUACAUCAGGAUGUCAUCGGUGCAGGUCUUCCACAUGGGUCGCUACGUGUGCAUCAACAACAGCACGCUUGAACAUAGCUCCAUCUAUGUUUAUGUGAAAGACCCCCAGAGUGCAUUCCAGCGCACCAUGGUGAACAACAUCCUGGUGCGCGUGGGUGAGAACUGCACCAUUCCCUGUCUCGUCACCGACCCUGAGGUCAACCACCUGACUUUGGACACCUGCGACGGACGGCCUUUGCCCUCUGGCAUGACUUACCAUAGCAACCUCCAAAAAGGCGUCAUCAUCAGCAAUGUGAGGAAGGAGUAUGAGGGCUGUUACAUCUGUGUGGGACAACUCGCUGGAGUCAAAGUGAUGUCAAGCAAAUACACUAUGGAUGUGCGACUUGUGCCAGAGGUGACUCCGCUGGUGACUCUGUCCCAGAAAGACAGCGUCAUCCUGAAGAAAGGAGAGCAGUUUGGGAUUACCUGCAGCUCCACAAACAUAAACCUGGAGUUCAGCCUCAAGUGGGAUUUCCCUUCGGCAGCGCAUCCUAAUGUAUCAAACGCCUCACACAUGCUGCCUGGUUCCCGUGGUUAUCAACGCGCCACCUCACUCUUCAUCCCAGCCGUCAACCAAUCAGACUCUGGAACUUACCGCUGCCAUGCCCACAACGAGAGAGGCUCCAGCUCCACGGAACUGCAGCUAGAAGUCUGCGAGCUGGGCUUCAUCACCAUGUUAGGAUCCCAGAGUCCGGUCCAGGCUGACGUCAAAGAGGGCGAGAGCCUGAGCCUCAGAGUAGAGUUCGAUGCCUAUCCAGCUCCGAGUUCUCUGUCCUGGUCGUACAACGACAAGAAGCUGCUCAACACUACAGAGCAUGUCAUCACCAUCCACCGCCGCAAAUACAGAUACAUCAGCGAGCUCAGACUCGUGAGGGUCCUCGGCUCGGAGGGCGGGAUCUACAAGUUCUUAGCCAAUCACAAGGACGCGUCCGUGGAACAUUCAUUCCACGUUUAUGUCAACAGUAAGCCAGUUAUCGUUGCCCAGGAAGGUCCUGUUGAUGGACAGGUGCGGUGCAUUGCUGCAGGAUACCCCGUCCCUAAAAUCAGUUGGUUCUUCUGUGAGCUGCCCCACACAAGGUGCUCACAUCUGCCCAAUGCCACCCACUGGGAGACUACGGAGGUGAUCACUGUGACAGAGUCCGCCUUUGGUAGCGAGGUGGAGAGCCGACUGAACGUGAGCAAGGAGCACGCACACUACCACACCCUGGAGUGUGUGGCGAGGACGGAAGGGGAAGAGGCCUACACCCUGUUCUCCAUCAGUGAGCGCCUCGUCCCUCACAAGCUUUUCACUCCUCUUCUCAACUGCUUGGUGGCCACUGGCAUCGGUCUCAGCCUCAUUCUGGUGGUGCUGCUCUAUAAAUACAUGAAGAAACCAAAGUUCCAAAUCCAGUGGAAGGUGAUUGACAGUAUCCAUGGCAACAACUACAUAUAUAUUGACCCCACCCAGCUGCCGUAUGACUCCAAAUGGGAGUUCCCUCGACAGAAGCUUCGCUUUGGUAAAGUCCUGGGCUCUGGGGCUUUCGGAAAGGUAGUGAGGGCCACAGCAUACGGACUCUGCUCUGCAGAUACUGUAACGACCGUCGCUGUUAAGAUGCUCAAACCCAACGCUCAUGCUACGGAGAAGGAAGCGCUGAUGUCAGAGCUGAAGGUGCUCAGUUACCUCGGAAACCACGUCAACAUCGUUAACCUGCUGGGGGCCUGCACCGUCGGAGGCCCAAUUUUGGUGAUCACCGAGUACUGUUGCUAUGGAGACCUCCUCAACUUCCUGCGCAGAAAGAGAGAGUCCUUCCUUAACUCCCAGGUUGGCGAUGGUUACUAUCGCAACGUCUCGAACCAAGCUGAGCCUCCGAGCAGAGAUAUGACUGGCACAGGAUAUAUGACCAUGCGUCCCUCUGAGAAAGAAAGGUGCUCCCAGUCAGAUGACAAAGACGAGCUCUCUCUGGACGCCGAAGACCUCCUCAGCUUCUCCUACCAGGUGGCCAAAGGGAUGGAGUACAUCACUUCCAAGAACUGUAUCCACAGGGAUCUUGCAGCCAGAAACAUCCUGCUGACUCACGGCAGGGUGGCUAAGAUCUGUGACUUUGGGUUGGCACGAGAUAUCACCACGGACGCCAGCUAUGUGCUCCGAGGCAAUGCUCGUCUGCCCGUCAAGUGGAUGUCUCCUGAGAGUAUUUUCGACUGCAUCUACACCUACGAGAGCGACGUUUGGUCCUACGGCAUCCUGCUCUGGGAAAUCUUCUCCCUGGGUAAUAGUCCGUACCCGGGGAUGCAGGUGGGCUCUGCAUUUUACAGGAUGAUUCAGGAGGGCCACAGGAUGAACAGGCCUGUCUUUGCUCCUGUGGAAAUGUACGAUAUGAUGUUGUCCUGCUGGAACCACGAUCCUCUGAAGAGGCCGUCCUUCAGGAAACUGGUGGAGAGGACGGAGCUGCUGCUGUCAGAAAAUACUAAAAAUGUGUACCUGAGACUGAGCAACAACACUGGUCAAGCAGAGCAGCAGAGGGCGCCAUCACGGAGGCUGAGCUCAGUCUGCAGCACGACAGCACCCACCCAGCCUUUACUGCAGAACACUGUUGACGUCUUCCAAGACUAUGUCUGAUCCACACACACACACACACACACACACACACACACACACACACACACACACACACACACACACACACACACACACACACACACACACACACAUAUACAAACAUAAACGCUACAAUGAAACACAACUUCCCCUACCUCCCUGAUCAUUCACUCCUCGCACCGCGCAAAGUUCAAGAGCCAGGCCCACCCUGGAAUCAAACUAACAACACAUUCAGUCUAACUAACCUUCAGAUGCACAAACACACACACACACACACAAGAUGCACACAGAUACUGUAAAUAAAGGACCCUGCACUGGGCUCUCAGUAUUGGCCUCUAUCUAAUCUCCCCGAUGGCGUAUUGAUCUCUGUGGUUGGCAUUUCAGGUGCACGUCUAUAUACAGCAGACUCCGGCACUAACAUCAGAUCUAACUGCACCCAUCAGCAGCAGCGCGAGGAGUUCUGGCUCACAUUCAGCCUUAGAUUACAUCUUCAAAUGCUUUGGGGAAAACACAGAAUACAAGGACGAGAACCUGACCUUGGGAUAAGGAUUAGAUAAAGAGAGUUGGUGUUGUGAUGAGUGCACUGCAACUGUUUUUUUAUAGUUGUUUGUUUAUUUGUCAGAUUUGUUUUCCUUUGAAAGGUUUUCUUGGUUGGGAAAAACACUUAUGUGAAUUUUAUGUCUAGAUUUAAAUGAGAAGCUGGAGACCACCUACACAGUCUGUGCAUUAAGUAUGGAGCCAGAGCCAUUAGCUUUCAGCCUAGCUAAGCAUAAAGAGUGGAAACAGUUAGCUUGUAUCUGUCAAUCUUUCAAAUGCUGCUUGACUGGUGACCUGAUUUGAACCCAACUGGUCCCCAUUUAAAAAUUCACAUAGAGUACAUACUUAAGGUGGGAAAAGUUGGAGCUCAUGAGGUUAAAUGUAUGUUGGAGUAAUCCCAGGUUAAGUCUGCAGAGGGCGCUAAACAGCUUGUUCUGCAAAUCAUGCGAUAGUUUCUCGAUAUGAAACCAAGAGUGUCAUGAAACGGCGUCAAGCCUCUGCAGGUGGAGCUGUUGAAACCUCUUACAAAAUUUGUCCUCUUCCAGCACUGGAUAGCAGCCCUCCUCUGGCAGCCCUGCAGCGUUCUGUCUGCUCUGCGGGAAGGUUUACAGAGAGCUGGCCAAUCAGAAGAGAGUGGGCCUUAAAGAGACAGCAGCUUAAACGAACCGUUUCAGGCAGAGUCUGAAAUUUUGUUUUUUUACACGUUCAUAUAAAAUAUAGAUCAGGAGUUUUUUGAGCCGCAAAUCCUGCAAAGCUGCUCUAAAGGUUUCACAGACUGACAACAUGAAAGGUGAACAUGUGUAUAAAAUGGGAUCUUUAACUGGAUAAAGUGUGCAUCCACUGAUAUGGGGCACUGUCAGUCAAAAAACAACAUUGCAGCCCAUUCCAAAAAACCCCACAUUGCCGAUUGGAUCAAAAGCCAAUGUGGAAAUCUGAAACCCAAACAAGUCCAAAAAAAAUGAAGGAAAUGAAACGAGGCCUAACUGCUCUGAAAAAGCGUCUCCCUUGAGUAGUCAAUUCAGUGACAGCUGGCCCUGUCCAUGGUGCUGAAUUGGCAGAGAACGGCUCCAAUUUCAAAAACAUGCAACAAAGUCUCUCACUCUGAGCACUUGUGAAGACCCCUAAUCAGCAUCAUGCAGAGAAAAAGUCCAGAACAUUUUGGCAGUUCCUGGUAAAACAACAGUUUUAUAGUAAAAAGCUAAGCUAACUGGUGAUGGCUGUACUUUCUAUUCAAUGUUACAGACACUAGAGCAGUAUCACUCUUCUCAUGUAACCCUUGGCAUGAAAGCAAAAACAGUGUAUCUCCCCAACACAUUAGACUGUCACCUUUACACCUUAUUCAAGUCACAAGACAAACACAUGUCGAGGAGGAGCAGCACCCUUGAAAAUAGAAAAGUCAUAAUACUCCUGAUUAGAGCCCGACCGAUAUCGACCAGCCGAUAAUAUCAGCCGAUAUUAGCAUAUCCAGUGACUAUUGGUAUCGGCUAAUUCUAUGCACAGAUAUGCACCGAUAUAACUAGAUUAAUUCCAGAGCAGUUCUCUGCCACCAGUGGAGGGCGCUAUAUGGAUUAUAACAAGCAUGAUCACUCUCCUGAGUAUUAAGCGGUGAUGCACGUCCAUGCUCAGUUACUUUCCAGUUCAGUGACCAUCUUGUCUAUCUUUUCCUCAAAUGUAUUUGGGUUGCAUCUGCAUUUUAGGGAUCAACGCAAUAAAUGUGUAUAUCUAUUUUGAUCUUUCUCUACAGAUUGAAAAUAGAUUUAAGAAAGAUAUCGGCCGAUAUAUCGGUAUCAGAUUUUUUUCCCCCUCCCCAAUAUCGAUAUCAGUAUCGGGCCCCAAAAAUCCUGAAUCGGUCGGGCCCUACUCCUGAUGUCUGGUCAAAAUGAGCCCGAUAAAAGGUGGCAUGCAGACGAUUACUCCUUAUGAAAACUAAAGCCAUAUAUUGGGGAAGUGCUGAUUCACACCUGUAUCUAGUAGCUUUGAAUACUGUGACUUACAAAGACCGACUGGUGUAUUGUGGAUGUUUGUUUUAUUUAGGAUUAGCUUUGUUUUAGUUUAUUUCGUAAAGCCAGGACGGCCAGGUGUUUAUGGUGGAUUGUGUUGAUCUUUCUACUUGAUUUAUGUCGAACCUGUAUGCAAUGUAAAUACAAUAGAGAUGUGCCUUUAGAUUUUUUCAUAAUACUGAAUAUCAUUUGGUUUGUGACAUGGUUAAUGCUUAGAGGGCAGCCAGCAGAGAGCUUGUGUUUGCUGGUUUUGAGGAUCAUGAAGUUUUGAUACUGUUGGAUUGACUUGUUGUAAUAAUAAAGAAAGUACCUGUGAUGGUAAAACCGA